GCGCUUACAGUUACUUUAUUUGUAAACCAGUCGACAUGCAUGAGAAAAUACCCUAUCCCCAUUACUUAGACAAUCACAAUCCUUUCUUAUGUUACCAGCUCAAGCCAACAUUUGCUUAGAGGAAAUCCAGAUUCAAGGGAGGCCUCUACAGCCUGCUUUAGGAACAGAUCCCGAAUCAUCUCGCGUCGCCUUCCACAUUUCUUCCUGGGACAGCACGAGAUCGUCGGACUCCGCGUCAGACGUGGAUUCCGACGCUGAUAGCCAGUGUGAGGAUGGCAUCCAGAGAGAAGAAGACACGGUUGUAGAAGACUUUGUUGCAUACACAAUACGGCGAUCUUCGGAUGGCGUGUCCCUGUAUUUUAUCUACGGAAUAUGCAGCGUUAUGGCAAUCGUCUCGGUGCUUCUCAUAUAUGAAUUUGAAGAGUACCAAUCAGUCCAAAGGGACUUUGACGAGCGUUCCAGUAUUGUUGAUACCCUUCCUCUGUUUUCUUCCAAAGAAGGUCUGUGUGUCACAGGGGACCAGCAUCCGCUCUGGUUUACAAUUCUCAAACAACAAAUUCGCACCCUCCAAAAUCUGAUUCAUGCUUCGUUGCUGGGAGCUGCAGCAACGGUAACGGCUGUGCGGGGUGAUGUCCUCUGGGCCUUAUUUACUCGGAAUGUGGCUUUCUACUUUGGACUAGCAGCGCUCUCAUACGCGGUGGUUGACUGGCACGUACUGACCAGCCCUUCGGAAUCACCACGCAACCAGAUCGGUCUACGGCUCCUGCUUGCGAGUAUCCUCUUCAUUUGCUGCUUGGUCGCCUUUGGUUCACGCGUUGUUACGUUUUACCGACUGCGAUCACUGUUGUCGAGCCAUGCCUGGGCCUCAAAUGUUGAAACCGCGUUCUUGCGAGAACCACCUGGAUUGGCAGGAUCUGUGUCCGAUCGAUCGAAAGUAGUUGCUAUAUCCUUCGGUUGCGUAGCAAUACAAUUAUUGGCAAUUUUCUACACUAGUGUAACGACACUGGAAUAUCUAUCACAUUUGAAGACACGAGAUGCAGCGGAUGGGGUUGAAACCGAGCAUAAACAUGCCGCCUUUCGGUCCUUUGAGAUGAGCUACAGUCUAGGCGCGCACGAAGCAUUUCUAUUAUCUCUAAUAAUGCUCAUCUCGGUACUUCCACGAGAUCCGGCAAGUAUCGGUGGUGCAAUCUUGGCUUCGGGGUGGCGUACCUUGGUUUCUGUUGCGUCGGUAGUGAAUAUUCUCUGGAGUUGGGAGGGAUCAGAUCGAGAUCGUUGGUCGCUGCUGUGUACAUUCUUUGAAGCUGCAAUUAUGUCUCUGAUAUUGUUCAUUGUUUUGCAAUUGUUGCGGGAAUAUUUAUCGGACAAUGCUUUGACCUUCCAGGUUGAAUAUUCACGCCUUCAAGACGACGAUUGCGAGCCUGGUCGCAUUUCCAACAAAAACGACAGAGUCUUGAACACAUCUGGUCAUAUCGCAAGUACCGGACGCUUUGCUUGUCCUACACUUGCUCAAAUCGCUUCAUCUGAGAGAUAUUCACGCUUGCAAAGACUUGGUGCGAGAACUGUAUGGAUCGGAUGCGUAGGUUUGCUUGCGGGUAUGAUGUUGGAAUGUUUCGCCAUGCUACGAGAAACUUUUGUCGGAGCGAGUGACACUCGCGACAUCUACAACUGGGGAAUUCACAUGGCUUCAAUGUAUCUGUUUGUUGCCGCAAUGAGUGUUGGAAGUCCAUUCUUUUAUCACUAUGCAAGGCGCCUUCUCAUAGUUAUGUGCCCCGUUGGAGCGCUCUUUGGUGCUUGGCAACUCAGCAUUUUUCUUCGCUUUAGUAACGGUCUCGAUUGUUGGGGCUUGUUUGUAGGGGGACUCCUUGCGGUGCGCAUUAUAUGCGGACUCGUGCAAACAGUGGGUCUUGUUGCUCUUCAGUCCACGGAACAAGUGCGGGUUCGGCCGGAAAGGGGUGAUCAACGUGACGGAGGAAGGAUUCAUAUCGCGAUUGCACACGCUUCCGUUGCCUUUUACCGAGUUUACCUCCCAGUGUUUGCCACUUUCCUUGUAUUGGAAGUGUUGAAGGGUGACUGCCUUGCUGUGAUGAUUUCACCUUCAACUUACUCUCACGGUGACAACGCAGAUUUACUAUAUGCACGCAAUUGGCCUAGUUUGGGCCUUUUCUUUCACUUUGGGAUGAUGGUCGUUAUUUUUGCGGGUGACAGUCUCUCGGUCGGUGUACCUAACUACAAGCCGAGUCUUGCAAUAGCAUGGCUUUUUUCAGCUGUCACCGGUACCUUGAUUUUUUUGUCGCUUGCUUGGGAUUGGCGUCAAACCGAUGGUUGGUCAACAAUUGGACUUGUGGAUAUUGUGAUGCGACUCUCUCUUGCCGCGUUUAUGAUGGCGUCUGGCCAUUUGUCAUGGUGCUUGGGCCGUCUUUGGAACGCAAGAAUACUUUGCUUGUAG